AUGGACCCCAACUGUGCCUGCUCCACUGGCAGCUCCUGCACCUGCUCCAGCUCCUGUGGCUGCAAAGACUGCAAGUGCACCUCCUGCAAGAAGAGCUGCUGCUCCUGCUGCCCUGUGGGCUGCUCCAAGUGUGCCCAGGGCUGUGUCUGCAAAGGGGCCUCUGACAAGUGCACGUGCUGUGCCUGAUGG